AGUUGUAUAAUUCAAUAGCUUUUGUAAGAAAAGUAGAUGGUUCUUUAAAAGAUGGUUGCAAUAUAUCUCUUAACUGUGUGCGCAAGUAUGUGUGAUGCAUUAAGUUGUAUAUUAUUUUAUUUGUUCAGUAGUUUUGCACUCUAACCCUAUAGUUUAUUUUAUUUGUCCUUUUUUGUACACUAAUUGAAAAUUGGAUAAUUCUGUUGGCUGUACCCUGUUGUUGAUGUUUAUAGGUCCCUUACUGGAUAUAGACAUGUAUUUGAAUAGUAUGCAGCCACAUUAUAUAGCUUAUAGCUUAUAUUAUUAUAUUAGAAAGACUAAUCAUGAUUAAUGGAUACAACAUGAAGUCUAUACAUCUGGUGCAAAUCAUUGGCACUAAGCAUUUGUUCUGCAUAUGUUUAAGUGGUAGGUGCCAGCAGCUGACAGUAUGAAUAACAUGAGACAAAAUGUAUCAAUAUAGGUUUGAUUUUUUGACCUGCAAGACUGCUUUGCUGAUUUUUUAGACAGUUUCUAAUGGAAUCAAAAGUUAAGUCCUUUACUGUCGCUCACUUUUCUAUCAUGAAGCAAACAUGCGCUACAAACAACCUGUUGCUCGCAGCAGAUUCCUGUAAGUGAUAGUAGAAAAUGCCAUCCUGUUUAUGCACACUACAAUCAUGUACAAUGGUGAACAGGCGAAAAUCAUUUAGGUGGCAUGUAGUUUUUGUUUUUAUUGAGAUCAUAGUCUGUAAAGGCAUUGCCAAUACAGGGAGAAUUGGCUGUCCUGGGUUCAUGUUUUGUCUUGGGCACACUGUUUUUCUUUUCUGCAUAUGGCAUCUGCUUACAGGACUGGCUGCUUUGCCGUGAUAUCGGCUUAGUUCAUGGUUAAGCAUGAGAUAUCAGUUCCCUCCGUAAAAGCAUUGAACCUGAAGUCAUGCAGCUGGUUGAAGGCAAAGCCUGAUGGUUCUCCUUCCUUGAUAAACUAAGUUCCUAUUUUUGUUGGGUGAACAAGGAAACUAUUCCAGCCACAAACAAGCCUGGAGAUAAAUUUACGAAAACAUCUUUAUUUAAAAUUUGUGUGGAGAUUGGUUAAGUUGUAAUUUGCUGUGAGCUGAGAUGAGAGUGACAUUUUUUGUGUGUGCACACUGCUGUUUACUUUUGCCAUUGUUUGCAGUACGUUUUAGCCUAGUAGAAAAUAGGCUUAUUUCAAAAAGCAGAUAAUGUACAUACCUUUGUUUCUGCAGCACUAAACAUAAUAAACAAGAUGCUUUUUUUAUUAUCAAUUAUUAAGUCACACUGUUUGGCUGCCUUUGCUUGCACUUUUGCAGCUAUCAAGUUAAGAUCAAUUAUUGGUUGAUGAAUAUGGAAUUCUUGCAGAUGUAUUUGAAAGUGUUCCUUCAUGUGUCUUUUUGCUAGAACUGCUGCAGAACAAUUGUGGUGAAGAUAAAAAGCACAGUGACAGUCUUUCUUUGACCCAGGUCACUGACAUUGUGAUAUGUGAUACCAUGUUUGUAAACUGUAUGCUGUUCAGUCUUCAGAAUGUUGUAUGCAAGCUCUGCGCUUUUGGCAGGUUUGUCUGGGAACUUUUAAAGUAAUAGAGGGGGUGAAAAAUCAGUUUCUAAUGACUUAAGUUCAGUAUGAGACAUUUCCUUAACCCUGGGUGAAUUCUAAAUUUCUGUUCUUGAGAUACAAAUAUCACCAUGCACAGAAAGAGGUCAACAUGGGUACCAAAAUUGUACAGAAAUAGGUUUGCAUUGUGAAUACCUAGUCAACUGGAGGACUGUGUUAUAUAUUUGACCUGUCUGUACAGAUGGGACUUUCACAAGCAUGUCUUUCAGUUCAGGGUGGGGCAUGUACUUCGAGAGCAUAAUAUGGUUAUUCACAAAGCUCUGGGGAAAUACUAUCUUGCACUGAACUUACCCAUUUCUCCGACAUAAAUUUUGCACCUUACAAGUCUUUUAAGACUAAUGUCAACAGAAGUCGGGAUCUAGAGGUGAUGAAAAUAAAAAAAAAACUUCAAAGGAAAUCUGCAUCUUUCCUUUCUCUGCUAGACAUGUUAGAAAUUUGAGUGAAUCUAAGACAAUACCAAAAAUAAUAAUCAACAAUAAAUACUUUGUUGGAUGUUUUAGCCUAUGUUUGUCUUACUCUAAACAGAUGCAGAUAUGAGUAUUUAAGCUAUAUCUAAGUUAAUGCUGAAAUGUUUUGUAAGUACUCGAGAGCUACAACUCAAAAAUCCAUCUUCCACACACUCUUCAGAAGUGAUUUUGUCCGGGUUUUUUUCCCCAUUUUUAUCUUCCUUUAUGUCUUUAGACAACUCUCAUGCCUACCAAAGUCGUGAGUUGCAGAAAGUAAAAUUUGUGAGCUUUGACAAAAUCAAGUAGAGAAUUACCAGCUUUAAGCAUCCAGCAGAAAUAAUGCGGGUGAACAGGGGUGGUUGGGGUGGAGGACAAUGAUGAGCUGGGCGUCAAGUGGUGCGAGGAGUUCCGUGCCACGCAGCACAGCGCCGCAUGCCAGCCUCGGGUUGCUGACUGCCGUUGCAGCAUCGAUAGCUUGUCGCUGACCUCCGGCACCAGAGUAAGGCGCGAUCGAACUUGAGAGUGAGACUUUUUUUUUUUUUAAUCGAUUGUUGAGAUUGUUGCUGCUGUCCGUGCCGGCGCUGCUGUCAGACGUGAGUAACGUCUUACCGCUGCUGUUGUCGCUGUUCUUUCUAUUGAUACUUUCCUCAGUUUUUCCUUCUUCUUCGUACGCGAAACUUGCAGCGGAUUUUUACACAGCAUCAUGCAUAUUUAAAGUUGCAGUUUUUCUGGUGCGUUUGGAGUUUAACACGUUGACAAACCCGAUCAAUCGUGAUAUACAUUUCUAAAACUCGUGAGUCUAGGGAAGAAUUAUACAACUCACAUUUUUUUCCAAUAUGUAGGGGGUUGAAACUGUAAAUUUCUCGUGUAAACGUUCGACAAGGAACAAACUAUGUGAUCAUUACCGAUGUCAAACAGGUUCAGGCAACCUAAGGUUCAAGACGGUCAACCACGAACAGGUUUUAUUUUUAUUUUUUUCGAUGAUUUAGGUUUUGGUUGUUAACUUUGCUUUGAAAGUGCUUGCUCCAAAAUAUUAAAAAGUCGACACAAGAGUUCAGCCAAUCAGCUGCAAGGAUCGACGAACAGACAAAAGGUCGCCCCCACAGGACUUUGUUGGUUCCCCUUUCCUCUUUGAACCCUGUUCGUAAUCAUGAUCGAACCGGGAUUAGGAGCACCCAUACUUCUAGCUAAGAAUCAGGGGUCAACAUUGAUAGGAUAGUUUCCUGAACCAGGUUCAGACCGAGAAUGAUCGAUAGUCAGAUGAAGACCCGGCAGAUCGCCAGAGGUCGGAGUAGUGUCCACCAAAGAAAGUGCUAAGCGUUCUUGGUAAAGAAAAAACAUCGAAAACUGGAGAUGAUGACAUUAAUUGUGCCCGCUUACUAAACAUUGAAUGUGAUGACAUUAAUUGUGCUCGUUUAUUAAACAUUGAAUGUGAUGACAUUAAUUGUUUUCGUUACUAAAUGGUGAGGGGACUUGCUCCGCCCUCUUCUCCCUUCCCCCAAACCUUCGCUUAACGAAGAGGCUAAAGGUCUUGCAGAAAAUAUAGGAAAAGAUGAAUUCAUCAUUAGGACAAGUGUUUUGCACUUAAGAAACACUCUCUCUCCAGGUGAUGCGUACUCUGUUCAUUGACCCGACCAUCAAGGGGUUAAAGGCAUCUUUUGUACGCAAGAAAGCUACAAAGGAUAUGGAUGUAUGUUGUGAAGAAGAAAAAAACCUUUUAGUUUUACCCCGUCAUUUUAUGUACUUUUAUUUGUUUUAUUUUAUUUGUAACUGUAUACCAAAUUGAAAUAUUCAUAAAUAAUGUUUUGUGAGUGAUGUCAGUUCACAUCUACAUUAUCAAAGGCGUGUGAAUGUUGUCUUUUCCUGCAUUUUGCUUUUUUAAGCACUUCUUCUCUCCCUUUCUUUUUCUCAUUGUUUCUGUGGGUUUUUUUUUAAAUAGAUGUCAAAGAUGUUUUCUACCCUCUAGAUAUACACAUAAGACUUUAAUGCUUUUACAGAACAUUGCAAAUCUUGCUCCGCAAGUGUUUUUAAUCGUCUUAAGCGUCUAAAAAUACGAUCUACAACGAAAAAACCUCGCAGAACAGCUUUCUGGUGUCACUCUCCUGUAUAGAGAUGAUUAAUAUCUCUAACACUUUUGUGGCCCCGCAUAUAAGUCAGCUAGUACGAGCGAUCGUAUCUCCUUUCCGUACACAACAAUCCCUGUACAGCCCGUGAAGCUUACGGACACUUUUCUGUGUGGAAUGAAGGUUGCGAACUCUCUUGCAAGCUGCCCCAGCCUGGGAGGGACGCGGGACCCCUCGGUACCACAUUUCAAACCGGGAAAGGGUGUAAGGGUGUUUGAACACUAAGUGAUCUCCUGGGUGGAGAUGUCUGGCAGCAUCCUGGCUGAGUGAAAUUGUCAGCGAAGUGGGUUGGUCUCGAUGGCUCAGUGGGAAGCCCACGGCGCACGCACGCGCGCGCUGCGACGAUGAACGUGGCCCGUGCAGGCAGGUUCUACAGAGACGCACAUCUCCGACAAACAGUCGAGGAGCUGCAGUCGGAAGUUCAAAUAGCUGCAGUAGCUGAUGGGGAAUUUACUGCUAACGGAUUAAACAGGUACAAGGGACACAUCUUGCGCAUGUCCUUUGUCCUUGUCUUUACCUGAGACUCUUCAUAAACUUUAGAAAAAUUUGACCUAAUGCUUAGCGUGCCUGUCACGUGACCACUACAUAGAUCACAUGACGACGGUACAGUGGCUGACACGCAGACUACUGGAGGACUCCUAGUGCAUUCUCAUCCAGUCUGCGACAAAGCCAAGGUGAAAGGGUAAAGGUUAGGGGCUGGACUUGGAGCGUUUUCUGGACAGGAUGCCGGCGCGAAGUGGCUGGAGAAACUGCAAAAACAAGAUUGGGAAAUACAAGAAGAAAAUAACCGCUGUGGUGUCCGCCAUCUUGAUCGCCGUGGCAGUUUUCUUCCCCUUGAAGCACUUCAACGAGGAAUACAUGAAGCAAGCUCUUAAUGUUGGGACUACGUCGUCUGCGAUCGCAUCUCAGCUGAUAUACCGUCUUCCAACUGCCCUCCGACCUUUGCACUAUGACCUCGAACUUAUUCCUGACAUCUACCAGGCCAACAGCUCGAACUUCAGCUUCCAGGGCACUGUCAAAAUAGAAUUCGUAUGUAGAAACCAGACGUCUGAUGUUAUCUUACAUGCUGUGGACCUGACUAUUGUGGAGCUUGACGUUCAGCUUAGGUCAUGGGAUCCACAGGACGAUCCCAACAUCCUUAUAAAGUCCUUUCAGAUUAGUAAGGAGCGCGAAACUCUUGAACUCCACUUGCUGCGACCUCUACAGGAGAAAUAUCGCUACCUACUCACAGUUACCUUCCGGGGACAAAUCACAGACCUCUUCCGCUCCAUGUAUUUUUCAAGCUACCAAGAGAAUAACCAGACCAAGUAUUUUGUCUCCACGAUUUUCGUCCCUAACCACGCGAGGCUGGCUUUUCCUUGCUUUGACGAGCCUGCUUUCAAGGCGAGAUUCACGCUGACCAUCCUGAGGAAAGAAAACUUCAUUUCUAUCUCGAACAUGCCGAGGAAUGACACGCAUGAAAGAAUUAUCGACGGGGACGUUUGGUUUGUCGACCAUUUCCUGACAACACCGCUGAUGUCCACUUACUUGCUGACUUUCACGGUGUGUCAAUUCAACUACAAAGAGGUUAACUCCAGCAGGGGCUACAAGCUGAGGGCGUGGUCGCGGCCGACAGUAUCCUGGAAACGGAGCACGCGCUGGACAUGGCGGAGCUGUGAUGGACUAUUACAACGACUACUUCACUCUGGCCUUCCCUCUCCCAGAACAAGAAUUGAUAGCACUACCGGGAUUCCAGUACGCUGGCAUGGAGCACUGGGGUCUCGUGUCUUACAGCGAGAACUCUAUGCUGCUUUCGGAAGAAAUGGCGAGCAUUAACGACAAGGAAGCGGUGACAAGAGUUAUCGCCCAUGAG